AUGGAAUAUGUUCCGAUACUGAAGCACUUUGACCCCUGCGCCGCCACUGCGUCUAUGUUUCUGUACGCCCAGGGCUCAUUCGUUUUGUGCUGUCACCAUGAUACUCUCACCAUUGAACGAAUAUUUUCGCGACACGCAGCCGAGGUUCACUUAUUGGCAGUCGAUAAUCAGAGUGAAGCCGGCGGUGGUCGAUUUGUUGUCAGUUACGAUGCCGGUCAAACAGCAAUUGUAUGGGAUUUAAUGACAGGCGAUGAGAUCUCUCAAUUUGCCUGUUAUGAUCAAUUGACUGUUGCAGCGUGGAUGAAAAAUGGCAAUGUGGCUUUUGGCAACACAAAAGGUAGUAUUAUCAUGUUUGAGCCUUCAACAUCUGAAUAUGUUUCUUCAAGGACUAUUGACCAGAUUGCUGUAACUGCAUUGGCACCAUCAGCUGAUUGUAGAACAUUUGCUAUUGGUUAUCAAAAUGGCUCUCUAUUUGUUGCGACCCUGCAGCCACGCUUUACUAUCUUGCACAAUCUUACCACUUCCAGAGGACCGUCACCCAUCGUCAACCUCGCAUGGCAUGCUUCUUCGUAUCGGCAAAAGUCCGAGAUGCUUGCCGUCCUGAUGCGUGACGGUGACUUGAGAGUCUGGGGGGUGACAAAGAAGUACAGCGCUGAUGAUCCUGCAAAAGUGGUUCGAAACCUUAGGAAGGCUAAGAUCUCCAUGGACGGACCCAACUGGAUGGGCUGGUCCAAGAAUGGUCGCAUAAUUCAGUAUUCCGACUCGCAAACGUGGUCUUGGGAUGUUAGAACAAAGCUCGUCACUCAUGAUCCCAUCCCAACUCUCGACCUUGUUCGCGGCCUCGCCGUCUAUGGCCCAGGUGCCACGUUGUUCACCCUUGGUUCCAAGAACACCGUGCAGCAGUUCGACCUGAACUCCCCGUCCAUCAUGGUCGCCAAUGUCCAACACCCAGCAAACAUUUUGCCCACCUCACCUCCAGUAUCAGAAGAAACUCGUGAUCGAUCAGCGACCUCGGCUACCACUAUCGCCCCCAAGUCUGAGACGAGCUCUAUUCCUCUGGACAUGAACAUCUCCGAAAGUGAUGAGGAUCACCUGUCGCCAUUUGCUCGUCUGGCUAGACGCCAAGCUUACGACUCUGGCAAUGAGCCUUACGAAUCAGCCAGCCCUGCAUCAAGCCAAAAUGGACUCUCUUCCUUGUCGAAGUCCUCAGCUGGUUCGUCUCAAACCCCUGGCAGAUAUCCCGGAUCUAUGAGGUCAAGAGGACUGUCAGAAAAUACCUACAUAUCGGCUGGAACCUCGAUCAGGUCGUCACCUAUUGGCAAUAGUGCUCAUGGUAACACGAGAGAUUUGGACACUUAUUCCAUUGGGAACUCUCUUGGUAGUACAAGUAUACACUUCAUAACUUCAAGCCGUUCACGACGAAGACCUUCUCCCCUGUGCAAUGACGUUCUCCGUAGCCCCGACGACAACAAGGUUCACGACCUCUUCAAGUUUACCCGGGCACGUCUUAGUGAUAUUCCCUACAAGCAUGCUAUGGGCGCCAACCGUACUAGUCUUACUAAUGACGACCUGCGCCGCCAAAUGCUCAACACCAUCUUCGGGUGGAACAAAGAGGUUGAAGACCUGAUCAGAGAAGAGAUGAGCAGGCAUCCCCAAGGAUCUGCGGGUCGUAUUCUUUUGGCUAAGUGGCUAGGGGAUAUUGAUCCCAGUAUCAUAAACGCAAAAUUUGAGAACAUGACUACUUCCGACUGGAUGUUGUUGGCUUUGAGUGGAAUCGGCGGCCAUGCGUCGCAACAGAAGCUUGGCCAUAUAUAUGUUCAGCGCCUACUGGACGCUGGCGACGUGCAUGCGGCAGUCACGAUCAUGCUUGGCAUGGGUGACCACAAUGGCGCUAUUGAGGUUUAUAUCUCUCACAAGCGCUACAUGGAGGCACUGAUCCUCACAUGUCUCUCAGCCCCUAGUGUUUGGGAGCGCCAAGUUGCUAUCAUUAGAAAGUGGGGAGAGUGGGCGGUUCAGCAUGGUCAGCACCAGCUGGCGAUUCGAUGCUUUGCUUGCACUGACCAGAAGCCUACUGAGCCCUGGACUUCUCCAUCCGCCGCACAGCUCAAUUUCGAGACCAGGACCCCUAGUAUCCCUGAGACCCUGAGCCCACCUGUCUCACCUCCCGGCGUUCAACGUGGGCCCCAACGCAGCAUCGCAAAGACGUCUGCGCUCAAGCUGAUCACCUCGUUUGGUGAUCAAGCUCAGAAGUCUAAGUUCUUUGCAGAUGACGGUGGCCAAACUCCUAUUGCCGCCGGUGUUACUCCUAUCGCUGACUCUGCCGGCUCACCCGCCUUCUCGCAUGCCUCUAACAACGAGGCCACGACAGCGUUCCUCCGCCCUUCAAACAACAGCAGAUUCAACACCCCUGUCUCUGCUCGAGGACGCGGACGUCUACCGUCCAUUGGUGAGAUUCCAUCAGACCUCAACAGAGAUGCACUUCGGUCAGCUGAGCUCUCUGCUGUUCCUUACGACUACGAGCCUCGAUCAGGCCAUGCUCGAAUACCAUCUGGCAAUGACAACAUGAUGAUCGGCACCGCAUUGCAACGCGCUGCUACCGCAAGCCCAAUGAUGAUGCGAGAGCAUGCUCAGCGCGUUGUCCAACCAAGUGAUGGAGAUUUCCCACCACCUGACCAAGCCACCAUGUUGAAGGCGCAACAGGCAUCUCGCAACCACCGCAAUGGUUCUUGUGGCCGCAUUCCUGUGGGUGUGGAUUUACAGCUACGGCCUGGACCUGCCCACGAAAACAUUACAUCUCCAGAGCAAGCAGCCAUGGCUGCCCAGAAGGAGUUCAGAAACAAGCAUAGCCGCAGAGGUAGCCGGGGUCUUAACUCACCAGCAUUGAGCAAGCAAGAUGCUUCGGAGCAUAGAUGCAGAGCUAACUCUGAAGUUGCAAACUUGGACAGGUCUAUCUCUGUUCGCGGCAGAGCUGCUUCAACUUCACAACUGCGCAAUAUAAACAACACAACUGAACAUGCUGGUGAUCUCAAGCAAAUGAAGGAUGAGCGACAGCGCAAGAAAGAACAGGCUGCCCGAGAACUCGAGGAGCGCCGAAGGUCUCUGGCCGAACGUGCUCAGACACCUUCUAUUCCCAAUCCUAACGAGUUCUCUCCCGCUCUUGCGAUCAUGGUUAAGACAGCUGAGCCUAAGCCUCUGACUGACGAUAUCCCUCCGCGCAGUGCUACUGUGCCACCUCAAAGGAGCAUCUACGCCCGUAAUGGCCCUGUGAUUGGACUUUUAGUAACUCCAAAGGUUAUGAGGCUUAUCACUGAGGGCAACCAUGAUCAACCAGGAAGCACCCCGGCCCCGGGCGCAGUUGCCACAGGUGAGCGACGACGUUCUCACGAGUACGCCAUGCCCCCUCGCUCUCCUUCAGGGCCUCCAAUUCUCAAGGGACUCAGACAUUUGGCGUCACCACCUUCACCGUCUCCUGCCCCUCUUCAACACAUCCGGCAACAUCAUCAGGCAGGUGCUGUUGCAUCGGAUAUGGUCGAGAUUGUCAUGGAUGAUGACUUGCCAGCUAGUAAUAACCAAGUUUCAGAGGCCAGCCCUCCGGCUCUAGCUUCCCACAAGGGCCAUAGCCGAGAUCGAAGCACUGACGAUAUUAGCACGAUUCCGAUCUGCCAGCGGCAGUCGAAGGAGUGUGUCCGAUCUCCUCCUUUCGAGGCUCCCUACGAGAGAAUUCCCAUGCCUCGACAGAUGAAGUCCCCUCCACCAGUGUCAUUCAACCCAGACGCUUUGCGCUCACCCACUGAUUCGCGCAACAAGCACUUGUCAACCGGCUUGAACCGAAAUGAGAUGGUCUAG